AUGCAGAGAGACGAUAUGACAGCUUCCGGAGAAAAGGGAGACUCUUCUUCCUCUUCAAUGGCUCCCACCAACCAAAUUCAAAUGGAUAUUAUUAAACCUGCUUUACAAUUUGGUGGUCUUUCCGCACUUUCUGGUACCAUAUUUGGCGGAUUCUCUGGUAUCCUCGUCUCUCGAACCCCAGUUCUAUUUGCCGUCGCCAGCUCCAUCCAAUGGGGCGUUAUCGGCACUACCUUCUGGGGAACUCGUACCGCUCUUCUAUCUCGUUAUAAGACCGCCUCCAUGUACCCAACAUCACAAGAAAAAGCCCUUUCUACUGCCAUUGCCGCCUCUCUUGCCGGUGCAACAGGAGGCAUACUGCGUGGGCCAAAGAAUAUUCUACCUGGAUUUGUCGUAUUUGGAGCGGCUGGAUAUGUGGGACAGAGAAUUUAUGAUGCGGUGGAUGAGAGGAAGAUGGAGGAAUUGAGGUUGGCGGAAGGUGGAAAGAAGGAGAGUGGAGAAAGUUGGAUGAAUUCGAGAUGGGUACCUUGGAAAAAAUUAACCGAUGAUGAGUAUGAGGGGAUGUUAAAGGAAAGAUUGUUGAAAGUUGAUGCAGAGAUUGCGAUUUUGGAAGACAAUUUGGAGGCUCUGAGAGGGCAGCAAAACAAUGAAGCACGGAAGCUUGAAGGCAUAAAUGGAAAAAAGCUAUAG